UUGAUCUGUUUGAGAGAAUGCAAGAGUUCGCCAAGCCGGAUUCUGUGACAUUCUCUUCAGUUCUAUCGGUCUGCUGCCACGCUGGUUUGGUCGACAAGGGGCGGCUAGUGCCGGCUCCCAUAGCAAAAGUUAUAGAGUUCAGAAGAGGAAGCUCGGCCGCCACCUUGCAUUUAUCGCACAGAAAGUCAUCAGCAAGAGUUCCUGUGACACUGAGCUCCCACAAACCAAUGGUGAUCCUAAGCUCAUCAAAUAUGGUAUCAGGUUUGGCUGCCAAGCUCACAUUUUCUCUAUCAAGGACUAAAACUUGUGGGAUUUGUUUCAGGCGUCGUCGAGCUGUGGAAGCCAGCUCCAGAGCUGUAUCAAGCAGUGGAUGGUCAUUGCUUUCUGCACAACUCAUCUGGUCCCUUGCGGCAUCGAGAGCGGCCAAGAGAAGCCUCUCGCAAGAUGGAGCAUCCCAGACUGAGUAAGAGACGAGAGUACCUUAUGUGUGGAUUGGACAGCAUCGUCGGCUCCCUGCUCGAGUGCCGUUACAGGAAACCUCGAGUGGAACUUGCAGUGAGCUCCAUGAGCCUUGUCAACUUUGAUCAGGAUACCAUGCUGUGACACACCUUUGCAAUCUCGUCCACUGGGCUACACACGCCAAAGUAAGUUGGCAAGACAAUCAGAACAGCUCCAAUUCCUACGUCUUUUCUUUUCUGCAGAUCCAAGAUGGCCAACUCGAUGCUCUCGGCAGAGACACCGUGAGAAAUCUCCCAGAGCUCGUCAUAACAAGGAAGAACAUAGUGAGGCAUUACUCCAAGAACCAUGGCAGAGAAUGCCGAGACGUGGGAACCACGAGUACCCUGCUCCGAAAAGCUUGGCAGCCAUUUGCUGCGCUUCUUGUGGCGAGUGCAAGUUAUCUAGGCCUGGCAUCUCCGGGAGAUGAAACUGGAAGAGUUGAGCUCCGAGAAACUUGGAAAAUCGAAGGGGUGGCUUGGGAAGUGAAACUCAGCGGCACGCUCCUCGCCAGUUCUCUUGAGAGCUUCAAGCAAAGGAGCUGAGUUCAUCGGCAUAGCUGAUCUUCAAUUCAUAAUAUUUAUGCCCUUUCCUAUUCU